CCGACACAGACCUUCAAAAUAAAACCGUCCCUGCGUUGAAGAGCUGGUCAUGUGACCGUGCGCGUAUUGUAAGGAAGCAGGGAAUCAUCUUGCCACUACGCUUCUUCUUUGAAAGGUCAGCCCGGAAGACUUGCUAGUAGGCGAUGAUGUUGCGGUAAUUCAAGGGGAGUUUCCUGUCUCACAGCGGGAAUGUCGGGUGGAGAUUACGGGGAGCUCGGGGGCAGCCUCCAUGCCAUCUCCUCCCUGAACGCUUCCUACUCUACGUCGCUGUCCAUCCCUUCGCCAUACAUGCUGGUGCCUCCGGCAGAGCGUAAGGUCAUCUCGGACGUCCGCCGCACCUUCUGUCUCUUCGUGACGUUCGACCUCCUCUUUGUGGCCCUUCUCUGGAUUAUUGAGCUGAAUGUGAGGAUCUCCAGCACAAUCUGGGAGAGCCUAGAAAAGGAGGUCGUCCACUAUGCCUUCAGAUCUUCCUUCUUUGACAUUGUUCUUCUUGCCCUGUUUCGUUUCCUGUUUCUACAAUUGGGUUACGCUGCUUUUCGGUUGAAGCAUUGGUGGGUGAUCGCGGUUACCACCCUGGUGACCAGCGUCUUCCUCGUCGUGAAGGUCAUCCUGGCUAAUGAACUCCUGGCCCAGAAUGCCUUUGGCUAUGUUUUACCCAUCAGCUCGUUUGUGUUGGCGUGGUUGGAGACAUGGUUCCUCGACUUCAAGGUCCUCAUUCAGGAGGCCGACGACGAGAGAGCGUACCUAGCAGCGGUGAACGCAGCCUGUGAACGAGCCCCCAUGAUCCACCCCCGCGCCGUUUCAGACGGACAGUUCUACUCUCCCCCCGAAUCUGUGGCUGAUUCAGGCUCUGAGGAGGAUCUGGAUGAGGAGGGGCUUGGGCGCAAAGCUGUCACUGCUCAGGAGAAGGAGUUUGUCAGACAGGGUCGAGAGGCCAUGUCUGUGGUAGAGCAGAUCCUAGCACAGGAGGAGAACUGGAAGUUUGAAAAACAUAAUGACAUGGGGGACUCUGUCUACACUCUGGAAAUUCCUUUCCAUGGAAAAACUUUCAUUCUUAAGGCCUUGAUGCAGUGUCCCGCUGAGCUCGUUUAUCAGGAAGUGAUCCUUCAACCGGAGAAGAUGGUUCAGUGGAACAAAACAGUUUCUGUCUGCCAGAUCCUUCAGAGGGUUGACGACAACACCAUGGUAUCAUAUGAUGUCUCUUCUGGUGCAGCCGGGGGGGUGGUGUCAGCGAGGGACUUUGUCAAUGUCCGGCGGGUGGAGCGCAAACGAGACUGUUACAUGUCUGCUGGCAUGGCAACCAACCAUGACGCCAAACCUCCAUGCGGUCGCUACGUCAGGGGAGAAAAUGGUCCAGGAGGAUUUGUGGUCCUCAAAUCCAGCAGUAACCCGUCUGUCUGCACCUUCAUCUGGGUCCUCAACACAGACUUGAAGGGCCGUCUGCCGCGCUACCUCAUCCACCAGAGCCUGGCGGCCACCAUGUUUGAGUUCAUGUCCCAUUUACGCCAACGCAUCGCCGACCUGCGGCCCUCUCACCGCUCCCACCACCACCACCACCACCAACACCACCACACCUAGACGUGGAGGGAUGGCCCGCAGUGGUGUCGCUCGGUUGUGGCGGAAGUGUCACUACUGGUUUUUAAAAAAAGUGAACCCCAGAAACAGAUGUAGCAGCGCCCCCAGUGACGCUUCUAAGCUCAGUGGAUCUGCUACCGUAACUGAAAAGAUAGCACUUCUAGGACAUGUGAGACGUUUACUACAUUUCCGACACAUGAAACAGGAAAGAAAUGCAGUUAUCAAAGACAAUAUUCCACCUUAGCAAUGUUUUUUUUUUUUUUUUUGAAGAUCAUCUUGCAUUUUUUUGUCUCUUGCCAUGCAAUGGAUCCUGAGUUGGAGUAGACUUUAGUUGGAUGGACACGGAAGUGAUUUCUCACUGUUGGCGUCUCACUGGCUUAUUACAAAAGCUUGACUGAAGAAAACUCUCUCUGAGCCUUAUCUCCAUGCACAAAUAGCUCGUGGUUUAUUUGCUGCUUUCCUUAAGAUGUUUUUUCAUCUCUUUUCAUACCGCCAUCGGAAAUGGUUUUCUCACAGGCAGUGCACUUCCGGGCCAUAUUUACCACACUUGAAUGGGUAAAAGCUAUUUUAACACAGUUUGUUCUCCUUUUCUACACUGUGAAAAGAUACUCUGCUGUCUGGUCACCACUAGAGGGCGACACCACUGCUCCACUCAGUGAAAGCCUCCUGGUUUUGAUUGCAGAAAUCUGUCAGCCAACAUUUAAUCAAGUAUUACUGUAGGGGUUUAAAUACUGAUUUCAUGUUGGGGUCAGUGAAACCACAGGUCAGAUCAGGAGACUGUUGGAGUCAGCGAAGACACUUGAAGAUGUUGAAGUUCAUAAAUUAGGAUACUGUAUACUUAUUAAAGCUGUCAUUGUGCCAAUAACCUCAAGUGGCCUUGUGGUAAAACAGCUGAACUCAUUAUUUGUCAUCAGAACUUUUUACUGUGUCGAUGUGACUAUUACUGACUCCAGUAAUGGCCUCCCCUCGGGCCAUGAGAUGUGGCACUGAGCAACUUUUCGCCAUUAAUUCCUGCACUACACUGUUUUAACCAUGAAACGUACCAUCUGGACAAAGUUUUGUUUCAAACUCUUCAACUCAGUGUUGUGACGUACCUCAAAACAAAUAUCACGGUGCAUCAUUGAAUCUGUUAAGUGAUGGAGAGAGUUGAUCUUCCCUGUGCUCUUCAGCUCUUAAGCACGAAACGGCUCGAUUCAGUUCAGCUCCUUUUAAAGGACCAUAUUCAGGGGUGUAUUUGUGGAAGCUGUAAUCACAGUCUGACAUUAUUAUGGAUUUUAGCUUCUUACUGUACAGAAGGAAUGUCAACUGAUAAUACCGCUAUCAAUAAUCUGGUGCCUUUAUCACACUAACAUUACAUGUCUGCCUUUUCUUUUCCUCUGCAUUUGUUUCUUGAUGUUAAAUCAAUGCUUAACACCUUCUACAGAGGUGUACUAUAUACAAAUGAAGUCACUGUUUUCUUGAAUGGUUUUUGUCUGUAAAUGCUUCACCAAACUUGUUAAUUUAAAGCCAUCACUGACCAACAGUUUUUACUGAGUCUUAACCAGUGUCUUAUGUCUAAUAAAAUAUAUCAACUCAA